CCCUCCCGGAAGUGCCGCCUAAAACGGGUGGGGAAAGUGGCAGCUGGUUGCUUUGGGGAUCAGGUCCUGUGAGGAGGUCUCAGAACUGUUUUCUGCCUUGCCUGUUGGCUGAGCCUUCCAGAUCCGCGGACUGAGGAAACGGCACCACAGUCAUGGGAGGCGGAGACCUGAACCUGAAGAAGAGCUGGCACCCACAGACCCUUCGAAAUGUGGAGAAAGUGUGGAAGGCAGAGCAGAAACAUGAGGCUGAACGCAAAAAGAUCGAGGAGCUGCAGCGAGAGCUGCGAGAGGAGAGGGCCCGGGAAGAGAUGCAGCGCUAUGCUGAGGAUGUUGGGGCUGUCAAGAAAAAAGAAGAAAAGCUGGACUGGAUGUACCAGGGCCCUGGUGGGAUGGUGAACCGUGAGGAGUACCUGCUGGGGCGCCCCAUUGACAAGUACGUCUUUGAGAAGAUGGAAGAGAAGGAAGCAGGCUGUUCUUCUGAGACAGGACUCCUCCCAGGCUCUAUCUUUGCCCCGUCAGGUGCCAAUUCCCUUCUUGAUAUGGCCAGCAAGAUCCGGGAAGACCCCCUCUUCAUCAUCAGGAAGAAAGAAGAGGAGAAAAAAAGAGAGGUAUUGAACAAUCCUGUGAAAAUGAAGAAAAUCAAAGAACUGCUGCAAAUGAGUCUUGAAAAAAAGGAGAAGAAGAAAAAGAAGGAAAAGAAAAAGAAGCAUAAGAAACACAAGCACAGAAGUUCGAGUAGUGAUCAUUGGAGCAGCGAGGAGGAGCACAGCCAGGGGAGGUCUCAAAAGAAGAUGAUAGAUUCCUUUCCUGUUUUGUCCAAAGCCCCUGGAUAUGGCUUACAGGUGAGGUAUUCGGACCGUAACCAGGGACUGCAGGGUCCUUCGAUGGCUGAGCAAAGGGGAAUGAAGAACGAUUCCCAGUCAAGAAGUUGCUCCUACUCACCCCCUAGACGCACCAGUAAGAAGAGUACCAAGGAAGAGAGGUCCCAGGACAGGAAACCUCGAUCCCCAGGGGGCAGAAGGUCACGGUCCCCAAGGGCCAGCAAACUGCAUACCUCUAAGGUAAACAGGAAAGAGAGAAGCCAGACUAACAGCCCAUCCCCUAAAAAGGAGGUCUACCAGAGGCGGCAUGCUCCUGGAUACACAAGAAAACUCUCAGCAGAGGAACUAGAGCGGAAACGACAGGAGAUGAUGGAAAAUGCUAAGUGGAGGGAAGAGGAGAGGCUGAAUACCCUUAAGAGGCAUGCCAGGGAAGAUGAGCGCGAGCGGAGGCUGGAGAAGUUGGACCCUCGGGAUGGCAAGUUCAUCCACCAUAUGAAGCUAGAGAGUGCAUCUACUUCCUCCUUGGAGGACCGGGUGAAACGCAACAUCCAUUCUCUACAGAGAACCUCAGUAGCUUUGGAGAAGAACUUUAUGAAAAAAUGAAAAGCAUCCCUUCACUUACUGAUUUUCCUGGAUUUUCCAGGGAGGCUGCUGAUCCCUUAAAAUUUCUCUUUAUAAGAGUUCAAAUGGCUUCUAUGGAUGAAAAGCCGCCACUGUUCAAAGUGCCCCUUGUCCAUUGAUUCCUGAAACAUCUUACAUCCUUUAAAAAACAACGUGACUUGAUUCUGGGACCCUCAGGAACUUUCUCUGGGUGCACAGUGGGUUUUGGCUGUGUGUUCAGUGGGCAGGCAGUGGGUUCUCAUCAUGCUCUGGAAGGCUACUUCCUGGGCUUGGGAUGCUUGUCACACGUCUGCCCUCCACCUUUGUGAAUGGAUCUGGUCCACUGCUUCAGUGGAAUUAGACCUUCCAGGCACCUCUCUCCAUAGCCACCCAGAUAGAUAGUGCUUACAGGGAUAAAUGAACAUACUUGAUUUAGAUUAUGUGACAGAAUAGUGUCAGGCAGAGCCAAGAGAGUGACAAAGCCAGAAGAGAAAACUACAGAAAGCUCUAAAUGAAUUAACUUUGGUCUUUGAACUGUAAAAUUAUAAUGUGCAUAUGUACAAAUGUAUACUUUUUUAUAUUCUUUUUUUAAAAAGUUAGCUUUGUGAGAAUAUUUUGUUUGAUGAUUUUACUGUGUAUAAAGCUACAUUGAACCGUGUCAGAAAGUAAUACAGUAAGGUAGGUUAGCUUAUUUUUCUCUCUGACUCAGGCAGGUUUGGGAGGAGCUUGGGGUUAUUGAUAGACUUACAGGGGUAUCUAAAUCUUUCAACAUUUGGACAUGAUUUUGUCAUCUGCAAAUGUGUUAGGCUGCAUUCAUAGCUAUCCACAGCUUGAGGUUGGACACACCUGCCUAGGGUAUAUAUCCUCUUCUGUUAGAGUGUAUAUUGGGCAGCCCAGUGGAGCAGUCAAAAGAUUUAGGGGUCAGGGCAUUUGCCAGCAUCCUCCUUGGCUCCUAAAAGAAAAUAAAAUGGAAGCUGUUCCUGGC